AUGCUCUUCUCCAAACCAUUCUCACUCGCCUUCCUGGCCGGGACUGCAGCCGCCCGACAGGGCUUCGUAACUACAAAUGGGGACAAAUUCCAACUCGACGGGGAGGACUUUUACUUUGCGGGUAGUAACGCGUACUACUUUCCAUUCAACGAUAACCAAACGGACGUCGAACUCGGCCUGACAGCCGCCAAGAACGCCGGGCUAAACGUCUUCCGCACAUGGGGCUUCAACGACAAAAACACCACACGCGUCCCCGGGGGUCUACCCGACUACGGCGGCGAAGGGGCCGGGGCAACCGAGAUUGUGUUCCAAUGGUGGCAGAAUGGCAAUUCGACGAUUGACCUGGAGCCGUUCGAUAAGGUGGUCAGCGCGGCGGAGAAGGCGGGGAUCAAGCUGAUUGUGGCGCUGACGAAUAACUGGGCGGAUUAUGGGGGGAUGGAUCUUUAUACUGUGAAUCUGGGUGGGAGGUAUCACGAUGAUUUCUACCGUCUCCCCCAAGUCAAGACGGCCUUCAAGCGGUACGUCGAAGAGUUCGUCACUCGGUACCGCGACUCGCCGGUGAUUAUGGCCUGGGAGCUGGCGAACGAGCCUCGCUGCAACGCAGACGAGGUGCGGAAUCUCCCCCAAAGCCCAGACGGAUGCAGUCCCGAGCUGCUGACGUCGUGGAUAUCGGAGAUGAGCACGUUCGUUAAGGAACUGGACCCGGACCACCUGGUGACGUGGGGCGGAGAGGGAGGGUUCAACUACGAGUCCGAUGACUGGGCGUAUAACGGCUCUGAUGGGGGCGAUUUCGAGGCUGAGCUAGAGCUGGAGACGAUUGACUUCGGAGUCUUCCAUUCGUAUCCGGAUUGGUGGACGAAGACUGUUGCGUGGACGGAUCAGUGGAUUGCUGACCAUGCAGAGGUGGCGAGGAGUGUUGGGAAGCCGGUUGUGCACGAGGAAUACGGCUGGUUGACGCCUCAAGGACGGCUGGACAAUCUGGGCACGGUCUCGAAUAUCACACGACUGCAGGCAGUUGGAGGAUGGCAGAACAUCAGUCUGCAUGAGAAGAUGCCAGACAUGUUCUGGCAGUUUGGCUUCUCCGGCUAUUCCUACGGCCGCAACCAUGAUGAUGGGUUUACCAUCUACCUGGAUGAUGCCGAAGCAAAGGAACUGGUAUACAAGCACGCAAGGGCAGUCAAUCAACUGAACCGCAGAUAUUAG